CAACUGAAGCAGCAGCGGGACAAGCUGCGGCAGUACCAGAAGCGGAUCAGCCUGAACCUGGAGCGGGAGCGGGCGCUGGCCAAGCAGCUGCUGACAGAGGGGAGAAAAGAAAAAGCCUUGCUCUUGCUGAAGAAGAAGCGUUACCAAGAGCAACUUUUAGACAAGACAGAAAACCAAAUCAGCAACUUGGAGCGGAUGGUCCAGGAUAUUGAAUUCACCCAGAUUGAAAUGAAAGUCAUUGAGGGUCUGAAAAUAGGCAACGAAUGUCUGAACAAAAUGCAUCAGGUUAUGUCAAUAGAAGAAGUGGAAAGAAUAAUUGGUGAAACCCAGGACGCUGUGGAGUACCAGAGGCAAAUAGAUGAGAUCCUGGCUGGCAGCCUGACUGAGGAAGAUGAAGAUGCCAUUCUAGAAGAAUUAAACACUAUUACUCAGGAACAGUUGGAGCUUCCAGAAGUUCCUUCUGAGCCACUCCCAGAGAAGAUCCCAGAAGCAUCACCCGUCAAGAACAGGCCAAAACCAGAACUGGUGGCAGCAUCUUAACUCCCACUGCUGGGGAUUCUCCCACGUAACUUUCACCCAGGACAGUUUGCCAUCCCAGUGUGUGCUGGGAACAAGCAAUGCCUUGGCAGCAUCCCAGCUGUGCUGGGCGGAUUGCGGAGCAGGAUUCCCUGUGCAGGGUGGGGAACCUCAGCUGAUUAUUGCUCUUGUAUCAAGAUUAUUUUCUAGUGCUUUCUUUUUUUUGUAACUUAAAUUCUAAACUCACUCAGCUGCGCUGUCUCGGGAUUAAACCACGACUCU